AUGGGUGGUGGUGCCAAAGUCCCCUACCCCAAGCACGUCUGGUCGCCUGCUGGUGGUUGGUACGCUCAGCCUGCCAACUGGCGCGCCAACACGCUCAUUGCCGGAGCCACCAUGUUCGGCAUUGUCGCCAUUGUGUGGAAGUUCAGCGCCGACCGGGAAAGAUGGGCGCACAAGCCAGAGCCGUGGGAAUGGCACCCUAGCCGAUAG